CUUCGUUUUAUCGCUGCAAACUGAAGUUCUAGAAGAAAUCGGAUUGUAUACAGCAUGCAUUUAUUUUGCGACUGUUCAUUCGAUUUAAGCAAGUUUUGCUGAAAAACUUAUAUUGAUGCUUUUGAAAGAAAAUCUCACUUAAUAAUUCAUGUGCAAUAUUAAAUAAGUAUUCGCACUAGUGACGAUAUGGAUAUUUUUAAUGGAUGUUAUGGUUAUUGGUCAUUGUACUAACAAUGAAUUCGCCUCUAUAGAUUCGUUUGAAUGAAACACAUAACGAAUUGUAAGCUGGAGUAAAUCGCAUGUAAGGUAACGUAAGAUCGCCAAAGAUCGCCGAAACUUCGAUUAGAUAUAACAGAUCCAUGUUUUCUGAGAAAACAUCACAAGCGCUUUUGUGUGGAUCAAUCACCAAAGUACUCGCCAUCGUUGUAUUGUGACACAACUCAAAGACGCGACUGUACUUCCGGUAGCUGUAACCGCCACAUCCGGCCGGGCAAUGACGCUCAAGGAUAGAUGCGUGGAGUGCGUGAACCACGAGUUCCGGGCAGAGAGUAUGGGGCUCGAACAUCCGACCCCACGUAGCUUCCUGUGCUCUCAGUGGCCUGUAAACCAGAAGGUCUACGUGAUCUACCGGGUGUUAGUCGCGCUGGGGUUCCUCGCUUGGCUCAUUGCUGACGUCAUCUACGAGACACGAACCUUCUUCCGUGAGCACACGUACACAUACCUGAUCUACGCGACCAACUGGAGCUUCAUGCUGUUGACCUUGACCUCGUUGCUUAUGGCAAUCUGCGUCCUCUACUACUCCAUCCGGUCUGGGGAGUGUCUCGACAGUCAGACGUUCGAGCGGAUGCCCCGUGCGCUGAAAGUGCAGUGGCUCCUGCAGACUAUCAGCUACAACUCCGCUAUGGUGGUCACCGUCUCCUACUGGUCUUACAUCGGCGUCCUCGACAAGUCCGAGGUAUUUAAAUCCACCUCCAGUGAAGUCAAACACACAUUGAACACAGUGUACGUCAUUUUGGAUGUGCUCAUUUCCGGGUCCCCGUUCCGCAUUCUACACCUGCUCUACACGGUUGGCCUAGGAUCCGUGUACUCGCUGUUCAAUGCCGUCUACUUCCUCAACGACGGCACAAUUUUAGAGGGCCGCCAUUACGCCUACAAUCUCCUGGAUUGGGGAAAACCCAGCGAAGCGAUCGUUACCUGCGUUCUAUGCGUAGUUUUAUGCGUGUUCGCGCAAAUAGUACUCUAUGAGUUAUAUAGGAUACGAUUUUUUAUUUAUAAAUGUAUUUACUUCGGCUCUGACAGCAUUACAAAGUCGGACUCGGAAAUGCACCGGAUAAUGGCGGCCGAGACAGACACGCCGGCGUAUCAAACUAUAGAAGAGCGAGGGGAUCGCACUCUGUCAGAGAUUUCAGAGGAAUGACGGUACAUCAACGCGAUACAUUAAAAUGGCCAAGAAAUUGUUAACGUCUGCUUAGAGAAUUGUUUAGUGAGAAAAUAUCUUGUUUUAAUUUUUGAUAUAUUUUUUAUAUUAAGUAAUUUUAACAUUAGU